GCACAACAGCACCGACCUUAUGAGCCGCGCCCCUUCAACAUGACUCGGUAACAAAGCUAAACUUCCUCUUAUUUGACAAUACAGACAUACUGCAUUUCCCAUUUGUUGCGAUACUGCAGUCUGCCUAUGUUCCGACACCUCCGCCCGUCAAACCUGAUUUCAACCAUCAUCAUCAAUCAUGGCUCCAGCUCAUAGCUAUGGCUCGUCCGGCGGACCAAUCUCAUUCUUGAGGAGGUAUUGGAAGACAACUCAUGCGCCUGAUUAUGUCGGCUUCCUAUUUCUCUUAACAGGUUGGAUCUUGACGGUUCUAUUUGUUAACCCAUUUCAUCGCAUGUUCUUCAUAAACGACUUGCAGAUCUCGUAUCCCUUUGCGGUCCAUGAGCGUGUCCCUGUGUUUAUGAACUUCGUAUACGCCCUUUUCAUACCGCUGGGAGUUUUAAUCGCUUACAACAUAAUCGCAAGGUCAUCAGCGGCCAAGCAUGAAGUCACUUACCUCUCGUUCCUCAUCUCUAUUGUACUCACAUCCUUCAUCACUGACAUCAUCAAGAACGCUGUUGGCAGACCUCGUCCUGAUCUGCUGGACCGCUGCAAGCCCGCAGUCGGAACAAAGGCCAACACUCUUGUAACAAUCGAUGUCUGCACGGCAGAAGAUGGCCAUAUACUGCAAGAGGGCUGGCGAUCAUUCCCUUCUGGCCACUCAUCCUUCUCAUUCGCUGGCCUAGGUUUUCUCAGCCUCUUCCUCGCCGGCCAACUUCACGUGUUCCGUUACUCAGCUGGCGGCCGUGAUCUCAGCCGCGCGUUGGUCUGCCUGCUGCCACUCAUUGGUGCAGGCCUAGUCGCCAUAUCUCGAUGCGAGGAUUAUCGCCACGAUGUCUACGAUGUCUGCGUAGGCUCAGCUCUAGGCAUGAGCAUUGCGUAUUGGAGCUACAGACGGCACUUUCCUCGCCUUUCAAGCACCAAAUGCGACGAGCCUUAUCCGCGACCAGGAGUUGAUACUCAGCCGGGAUGGCAACGAAUCACCGAUGAUGAGGAGGCAGCAAGAGGGACAGAUGUAGGAUUCGAGAUGGAAAACUUGAGAGGUUCGCGACGCUGAUAUUGGGGACCAGGAAUAGCUUGCGUGUUUGUUCGAGAUGCUCUGGCUUAGCCUGCAUUGCAUUACUCUUUCAUCGAAGCAUCAUGUGUUCGGCAACACUUUUAGACUUGGUCAAGC